UCCCCACUCUCAGUUGCGCGUCUGGCGAUGGCGAUCAGAGGUCCUGCUGCGCUCUCCGCCGCGCUCUCGCUCCAUUAGACGCGCUGCGCCCUGCUGCGCGCUCGCCGGUGCCUCUCUCCUGGGUCCCGGGAUCGGCCCCCCUUCCAGGCACAAUCCCCUCCCCCGGCCCCUCGGCCUUUCCCCCUUCUCGGCCAUCUCCAACCCGGGGCGCGCGUUCCCCCCGGCCCGGCUCCCUCUCUCCCUCCGGGGGCACCCGCUCCCCAGCCCCGGCCCGGCCCUCCCCGCGGCGCAGCACGGAGUCUCGGCGUCCCAUGGCUCAACCCACGGCCUCGGCCCAGAAGCUGGUGCGGCCGAUCCGCGCCGUGUGCCGCAUCCUGCAGAUCCCGGAGUCCGAUCCCUCUAACCUGCGGUCCUAGAGCGCC